AUGACUUUAGCAUCCAAAAAGGCAGCCUCGACGGAGCAGCGUUUCGGGAACUUGGCACCGUGGGCUGAACCUGCUUGGUACAAUUCGCUUCAUUCACCAUACUACAACGAUAGCCACAGACGACUGCGAGAGUAUAUCCGGAGCUAUAUCGAUACCAAUGUCCUUCCAUACUCCCUCGAGUGGGAGGAGAAGGGUGAAGCUCCAAGGGAGCAAGCUCUGAAAUGGGCUCGCACUGGGAUCCCUUUCUCAGAUGUGCCCUCCAAAUGCCGCCCAGAGGAUGUCCCCGAUCCUGCUGGCAUUCCAGUUGACCAACUCGACAUCUUCCAUCUCAUGGUUAUGACGGACGAAACCUCACGCGUCGAAGGCGGCGUGAUGAGCUCCUUAGCGGGUGCCUCAGUUAUCGGCAUCCCACCGGUCUACCACCAUGGUACGGAAGAGCAGAAGCAGAAGUGGCUUCCGGGGCUCUUUACGUGGGAAACCAGCUUCUGCCUAGGUAUCACGGAGCCAAGCGGCGGUUCCGAUGUCAGCGGGAUCGAGACUACUGCUGUGAAGAGCUCCGAUGGAAAGUAUUAUACCGUCAAUGGGUAUAAGAAAUGGAUUACCGGCGCUCCAUGGGCGACACACAUGACCACCGCUGUCCGCACCGGCCCGCCAGAUUCUGGAAUGAAGGGCAUUAGCGUGCUUGUAAUCCCCAUGGACAGCCCCGGCCUGAGCCGGCGCAAGAUCUACAACAGUGGACAGAACGCCGGCGGCGCCUCGUUCAUCGGGCUCGACAACGUCAAGGUCCCUGCUGAGAAUCUCCUGGGCAAUGAAAACGAGGGGUUCAAGUACAUCAUGACGAACUUCAAUCGCGAGCGGUUCGUCAUGUGCAUAGGCUGUAACCGGAAAGCGAGGACUUGUCUCUCUACGGCAUUCAAAUAUGCGCACACGCGGGAAACGUUUGGCAAACCUCUCAUCUCGCACCAGAUCAUCAGGCACAAGCUGGCCACGCUGGCCCGGUAUGUUGAGUCGCACUGGGCGUGGUUGGAGCAAAUCGCCUAUCACAUUCAGUGCGAGCCGCUAGGAUGGCAGUCUCCUACCAUUGCAGGAAAGAUUGCGUUGGCGAAAGUGCAAGGAGGUAGGAUCCUGGAGAUGGCGGCAAGAGAGGCACAGCAGGUUCUGGGUGGAGCAGGUUACCAGAAGGGUGGAGUGGGCGCGACUGUCGAGCAAAUUAGUAGGGAUCUGAGGAUGAUGGUAGUUGGUGGAGGCAGUGAGGAGAUCAUUGAGGAUUUGGCUGUCAGACAAGAGACUAGUUUGGCAAGGGCGAAAGGAUGGAAGCUGUGA